CCCCCCCUCCCCAGGGAGACCUCGCCCGGCCCCUGGGACAGCGAGCCGCACGGGCCCCACAGCGGCGGAGACGGGCUGCGCCCCCAGGGCGUCUGGGUGGGGUGGGGGGGUUAAAGCGGUGCCUCCCCCCACGCCCAGCCGGGCUCCAGCUCGCUCCGCGGGGACGCGCUGGGGCGUGCAGGCGGCGAGCGCGGGCCCUUUAAGACCGGCGCGCGGGGCUCCAUGUGUGCGCGCGCGCGCGCGCGACAGAGAGAGAGAGAGCGAGCGAGCCCGCCACCCAACCCCUCCCCUGCGCUGUCAAUCAGCCGGCGGCUGCUUUGAUGUCUCCAGCCCUUGGCUGCUGAGGCUCCGCCGCCUCGCUCGCACACACCGCUCGGCGCCGGGCGCUCCAGAGCCGUGUCUCUCCCGGUCGGAGCCUCGGGCUUGCACUACCCCAGGCUGCUACUUCGCUGAACUUUCCGGGGGCUGGCUGGGGGGGGGGCGGGGAGGGGGGUUGCUGCUGGCCCCGGGAUCCUGCUGCUGCUGCUUCACCAUCCCCCCCAGGCUGCAGCCUUGCAACCCCCCCUGCCCCCGCCCCUUCCCCCCCAAAAGGGUUUGAUCUUCGGGGGGUGGGGGGAGCGCGGCUGCAGCCGGCGAAGUUCCCGUGUGGCUCGGAAGGGGCGAGGCGGGGACGCGGGGGGGUGGGGACCAUGCCCCAGCUCAGCAGCGGCGGCGGGGAUGACCUGGGGGCCAAUGACGAGAUGAUCGCCUUUAAGGACGAAGGGGAGCAAGAGGAGAAGAUCCAGGAAAACGCCUUCACCGAGCGCGACCUGGCCGACCUCAAGUCCUCGCUGGUGAACGAGUCGGAGAGCAACAGCAGCCCCGCCGCCGCGGCGGCCGAUCCGGAGGCGAUCAGGCGUGUGCAGGAUCCUCAAAGGGUUUAUCAGGAGAAACUCCCGGAUCACAUGGAAGAUGGUAUAAAGCAUCAGGACACGGGGAUGUACAAAGGAUCUGCUUAUUCUGGCUACCCUUUUCUAAUGCUCUCAGACCCUUAUCUGCCAAAUGGAUCUAUGUCACCUUUGUCCAACAAGGUUCCUGUAGUGCAGCCGUCCCACGGAGUCCAUCCACUCACCCCACUCAUUCCAUACAGCAACGAACAUUUCAGCCAUGGCUCCCAUUCACCACACCUGCCAGCCGACAUCAACCAGAAACAAGGUGUGCACCGUCCUUCCCAAACAUCGGAUAUCCCUGGUUUCUACUCCCUCCCUCCCGGUGGGGUUGGACAGAUAACACCUUCUAUGGGAUGGCAGAGCCAGUCUGUCUAUCCGCUUCCGUCAUGUGGAUUUAGACAGCCGUAUUCGUCAGCGCUCUCUGCUGGGGCUACUUUCUCCAGGUUUACACAUCCCCUGAUGCUGAGCUCUGGAAUGCACACCACUGGAAUCCCUCAUCCAGCCAUAGUACCCCACUCUGGGAAGCAAGAAAUGGAUCAUUACGACCGGAGCAUGAAACCCCAACCAGAACCAAAGAGAGAGAAGGAAGCCAAGAAGCCCACUAUCAAGAAGCCCCUGAAUGCUUUCAUGUUGUAUAUGAAAGAAAUGCGGGCAAAAGUCAUUGCUGAGUGCACCCUGAAAGAAAGUGCAGCUAUCAAUCAGAUUUUAGGAAGGAGGUGGCACGCACUGUCACGGGAGGAGCAGGCCAAGUACUAUGAACUGGCCCGGAAGGAACGGCAGCUUCACAUGCAGCUCUACCCAGGCUGGUCUGCUAGAGAUAACUAUUCUUCAGGCUCUUCAGCCCGUGAACACACACAGUUAUACUCAGGGCCCCUGGAAUUCUGCGGCACUUCAGGGCCAGUUUCUGCGGCAAGGGGAAAAAAGAAAAGACGAGCAAGAGAAAAGCAGCAAGACUCCAAUUCAGCUGUAGAAGAGUUCAGGUUGGUGCACCCCUCCUCCUCCACUGAACAGGGAUGUUACCAACAUGCUAUCGUUGUUGGGUUCUCAGAACGAACUAUUGAUAACUCUCUUCACUGUUCUUAGGAGGAAAAAGAAGUGCAUUCGGUACUUACAAGGAGAAGGACGCUGUUCCAGCCCAGUUUCUUCCGAUGGAAGUGCUAUAGACUCCCCUCCCUCUCCUCUGGAUACGCUCCAAUGCAUAUCCUCUGCAUUUACUUCAGACAAGCUUGCGACACCUGCUGAUUUCGCACACAAAGAACAAAGCAAUCCUUUCCCCACCUCUAUUCAUGUCAAAAGCGCUCCAUGCUCCUCUGGACUGACCACUCACUGCUCAUCCACUCGGUGCUCAUCCAUGCCACACGUGUCAGUAGCAUCCAGCGACUCCUCAGAGUACAGUGUGCCAUCAACAGGAACAUAGUGCCACAUUGUACAAGUCAACACUUAUUAAUGCAUUGGGCACUUUGCUUUUACCAAGUGGUUUUGCUGCCCAUUGAAAUGGACUGGAGGCCCAAAUUACUCACCAUGCUGUAAAACUGUGUUUUCAAAGUCAAGGGGCAGUUGUGUCCUGAGCCCCAAAAUGAUUCAAAGAGGCUGGAAUAGUCAACAUUUUUAUCUGGAGCAAAGAUAGAAAAAUGGUGUCUCCCUCCAUAAAAAGGUUGAAAUGAGGACUCGCCAAAAUUAAAAAUGCCAAUCAGUAAACGAAUCUUUCAUCCCCACCCUGAGUUUCCUUUUACUGCAUCAUCUGCUGAAGUAGCUGAAAGUGAAAGCUAACUCCCUGGCUUCUUGCAGUAGAUGGUAGGUGCUAUAAAUCUUAAGCAUUGGUUUCUGUUUCUUGCAUCCCAAACAGCUUUGAACUGUAGUCAGUCACAGAUCUCUUGUAGCUAUUUCACCAUGGAGUUAGGAAAGCUGGUACAGGAGCAUUUUUUAAAAAGCCCGUCUCUGUCCAAGAGCUAAAUGUUAGGAAGCUAGAUUUCACUCUGACUGGCUCAUAAGAAAAAAGUGAAAUAUAGGCAAAUGAGGUGACUAUUAUUCAACUUCUUGUUUGAGGACAGAAAAAUAUUGUUUACAGGUAACAGGUCUUUGCAGACAUGUCAAGUUCUCUUAGCAUACAGAAUGGCAGACAAACAGUGAGAGCGCUCAAGGCAGAAAAGGAAGCUUGGACUGGCUGCUUGAAGGUCUAUCUAUCCAAUGUUUCAUUGUUUUAGAGCUAAAAUACAAUAGUAACAUGUUAGUCAAGUGCAGAGUCCUCCUUGCUGCUCAGGUUGUUCACAGUAAACACUGGAGAGUCAGACUCCUUCAGUAAAGGACCCUGCAAAGGCUCAGAGUAGACCCCAUUUGCCAUUACGUACUUGAUCCUACAGGUCCUUGCGUAACAGCUGCAGCAGGAUGCGUGGGAUUAAGAAUCAGCCCAAGUAUAAGUAGAGCAGAGGUGGGCGAAGUACGGCCCGCGGGACCGUCCUGCCUGGCCCUUGAGCUCCCCGCCAGGGAGGCUAGCCCCUGGCCCCUCCUCCCUCACAGCCACGUGGGCAGCACUCUAGGCGGCAGGGCUGCGCAGUCCUGCAGGGCAGCAUGGCAGGCUCCGGUCAGGCGGCGUGGCUGCCAGACAUGCUGCUCUGAGCGGCAUGGUAAGGGAUUCGGGGUGCAGUCAGGGAGCAGGGGGCGGUUGGAUCGGUGUGGGAGUUCUGGGGGGGGGGGGGGGGGCAGUCAGGGGACAGGGAACAGUUGGGGUUGGAAAGGUAUGGGAGUCCUGGGGGGCCUGUCAGAGGGUGGGGGUGUGGAUAGGGGGCGGGGCAGUCGGGACCAGGACCGGGGGGCGGGGGGUUGAAUAGGGGUGGGGGGUCCCAGCAGGGGGCCAUCAGGGGACAAGGAGCAAGGGGGUUGGGAGUUCUGAGGGGGGCAGUCGGGGGGGGGCAGGGGCAGGCUGUUUGCGGAGUCACAGCCUUCCCUACCUGGCCCUCCAUACAGUUUUGCAACCCCGAUAUGGCCCUCGGUCCAAAAAAUUUGCCCACCCCUGAAAUAGAGGCUAUAUGUAAGGUCAAAGCGUGGCCUGCUGCACAGAGCUGCUGUAACUCAAGCUCCUGUGCACUCACUCCCUUACUCUUACAGACCCAGGGUAGCGUAGAGAGUGGACAUGGCUUGAGCAUGAUGCUCAUCACAUUCAUGAGGUGCUUAGCUCCACUCUUCCCUCUUCAGCCUUUCUCCCCUUGGAGGCAGGGAUUUUGAGGCAGAUCACAGAGUCCCUGCUGUAGGGUUUGACGCCCCACACUCCCUGCCCAUCACCUUUAACCUCAGAUGUCACUCUGCAGCUAUGCAGUGCAGGACCAAGCUCUAAAUGUGGUUAUAAGUGAAAUGAGCUGGUAUACAGCGUCUACUAGCUAGUUGCACUGUAGAUUUUACAAUACAAAUUAUUUCCUCUCUACUCCUUUUCCCAUCCAGUGGCUGUCAAAUAUUAAUACAGUCUCUCGCUCUUGAAAGUGUCUAUGGAUUUCUGAUAUUUUAUUUAUAUUUUGAGCCUGGUAAACAUAAACCUUUAGGGGCCAGAUUCUGAUCUCAGUUCCACUGAUGUAAAUCCAGAGAUAUUGCACAAAAGGAACUGCCAUAACUCCAGAUUUAUACCAUUGUAACUAAGAUCAGAAUCCAGACCCUUGUUUUUUUUCCUGCUUUAUAAAAACCUAUUCUAGACUGAAGAGAAAAGUACCAUAAAACAUUGGGGGGGGGGCUAUUUUUUCUAUUGUACACGAUAGGAUUUAGAAUACUGAAUACAAACUUAAAGUAGUAUUAUAUAGGCUUGCAAGAAAUUUAAAAGAACCUUUGAUAUACAAACUAUUUUUGUAUUUUUUUCUUAAGGCAACAAAACCUUUUUUAUAUAUGUUUAUUCCAACUUUUUAAUAGGUUUCUAUAUCAGAGACUGAAGAUUAGAAAGCUGCUUAUAGUGUAGAGCACUAUAGUUAUUGGUUCCCCCCUCCCCAUUCAGUUCCUUUUGCUUGAAGUUGCUGUAGAUUUGGGGGGGGUGGGGGGGGAGGAGAAGAGGAGAACCAUGCAAAUUCUUUGCAAGAAAAUCUAAAGCUGGUGCUUUAUUAGUCUCUGUUUGCUGUGCAACUGCAACCUCUGUUGGUACUAACGGGAGUUACACGCACAAAUCCAAAAGAGCCUAUUUAACCCUUAGACCACUGGCAUUGUCUGCACUUCCACACAUGUAUAUGUAAAAGCAUAUACUGACAGUCACCACGUGGUUAAUUAUCUAGCACUGGAUCAAUAUCUGAACUAGUACCAUUUAAAUGAUUUCCAACCAAAGUGGUUAAAGCUGAGGUAGGUGACUAGUUGCAGCUUAACCACUGACUGUAACCUCACGCAAGUCUCUUCACCACUCUGUGCCUCAGUUUCCCCAUCUGUAAGAUGAGAAUGCUAAUCUUUUUUCAAGUGCUCUGAGAUUCUCAGAUAUAAAGUACUGUGGACAUGACAAGUAGUAGUAUUAUUAAAACCACAAGAUAUGGUUCAGCUAUAGCAUGGGUUAGUGGUUGGGUAUGUUAGUCAAAAAACUGGGUGUAAAGUGAAACUUGCACCUACUGUGGUUGUGCAAAACAAAUGUAACCUACCCCCUCAGCAGCCAUCACAAGAGAGUACAAAUGGACAAACAGAUGUGGCUAGCUAACACUCCGGGAUACUAUGGGAGAAAGUCCUGCAGUAUAUAAAUGGCACCAUUUGACCAAGAGCCAAACUCAAUGCUGGAGUAAACAGACACCACUACCAUUGACUUCAGCAUUCAGUGGAAGUGGCACCCACUUAGUCUAAUGCUAAUUGGGACCCCAGAAGUGCAUGGCAACAUCUGGGAAGGGCUGCCUGAUAUCACAGUCUACUCAGUUGAUUUCCAUUUCCCACUGUUGCAGGAUCUGCUUAGUAGCACUCUGGCUAACAGCCCCUGUUCCUGCUACAGCUUUUCCUCUUCUAUCCAAAGUGGGCAAGUGAUGUUUGCAUAGCUAUGGAACCAGGAUCAUUGGAUCCCUUUGCAACUUACACCCAUUUUCUGACUGCUGUACACUAUCACUAAAUGUGGCCCUUAACCUCUAGUCUUCUUCUGACUUUGUGCGAAAUAUAAUUUGCCCCACUUUAGUUGUACAAGUUCAGCUGUUGACCCUAUCCUCUGCUCUCAGAUACUAGGCUAAAUUCAGAAAGUCCUGUAGGUGGAGGGCUGUAACUGAGAGAGAGAGAGAGAGAGAGUGUGUGUGUAACAGAGCAGACUUCGAUUGUUUAGUUUUUGGAACAUACAAGGAGACCUUUAAGCUGCCCAUUCCAAGGAAAAAAUAUUGAGUAAGUGUUAUCACCUUUUACAACUUGCCCUAGGAAGCCAAAACAGAGAUCCUAAUUUUUUUAAAUACCAAAAAAACAUGUCUUUAGAUAUGCUAUAGGAAGUUUUACUUUUUUUUUAAAAAAAAAAAAAAAACCUUGCCUGUAAAUUUUUACUGCAGCAAGAUUUAGUUCUCAUAUGACAGUUUCAUUUUUAUUAAUUACCCAUUUGAUUUCCUGUUUGAAUGUAGAAGUCACAGAAAUACCACUUCAUUAAGUCAAGUAAAACCACUGUAUGUAUGUAGCACAGAUAAGUGUUUUGCAGCUGUACUUUCAUUUGUCCAAUAACUAUCCACCAUAUACUGUAAUUUUUUUUUACAUCACUGAGUUUGUAUUUUUUGGCUUUUAUGUUCAAAAUAUGUUUAUAGCUUUAUAAAUAAAGAAGUGUGCCAGCCUGGCCCUUCAAAAAGGGCCACUGGGGGGUUAUAAUCCUAUACAA